AUGAAGCUCUUCGCCCUUGUGCUGGCUGUGGCUUUUGCCAUGGUUAGUGGUGAUGAGGUGCAGCAUCUCCGCGGAGAGUCAAAGAGUGCCGCGAAGGAUGAGGAGUCUCCGGCAGUGGGAGCUGUGGUGGCAGAGCCGAAAGAGCCGAAAGAGCCGCAGAGCACCAUGGACCAAGUGCCGAAGCCUGCAGGAGAUGUGGACAAGGAGGAGUCCAAGGGUGCAGUAGGGCCGAAAGCUGGAAAGCUGGAUAGCCCGAAAGAGACAGAGCCUGACGUUGGAGUGGUUUUCGAGGAAGUGGAGGGCACUGAGGAGGAAGCUGAGGACGAGACAUCCGAGAAGGAGAAAGCGGCACACCGCCCUGGCAGGAGACGACCCUGGGGCCCGAGCCGUCGGCGCCCGCAUGGUGCUGGCUGCAGGCGUUGGGUCAACUGCCGCAACGGCUGGUACGGAGGCGUCCGUUGCAGUGGCGGUCGUCAUUGCACAGCCUGGCGUUGA